UGUGUGUUUAUCAAUUAAUCUCUUUUACUCUUUGUCUCGCAGUAUCUCGGUGUGUUUCUCUAAACUCUCUGUCUGUCGCUUAUGUAGGCGUACCAUACCAAGGGACUCUUCUAACUGAGCUAGCCCCAGUUGUUUUUUCAAGAAAUUUCCCUUUGCAGUAUUAAGUCACGCAAACCUGGUGCCAAACAGUGUAAAAUCCACUGUCUUUCUUUGAGUAAGAAGAGGCAACUCCCAGCUAGCGAUAUCUGGCCGGAUGCUGAGUUUUGUUUGGUGAACCGGCCGCGGGUAACGUUGGGCAGACGUAAGUGUCCACUUGUGGCCUUUGAGCCCUGACGCCCUGUUCACGAGAGAGUUUACUGCAGCCAGAGUCAGUGGGAUGGAGGAGGAGGCCAGGUGCUUCCUGGGGAAGUUUGUGGACGAGUUCCCAGCUGCUCUGGAGGAAGGCAGUCCGUUGCCUGUCAGCCCUCUGAGCCGUAAAGUCUCCCUGGAGGAGCUGCAUGGAGAGAGCCUGGAGCUGGGCCUGAGGCUGCUGGCUGCCAGGGGUGCUCCUGCCAUCCUCAGUGCCCUCCUGUGCCAGGCAGCACUGUCCCAGCUGCUGCAGAAUGACCUUUCACCUUUCCACUGCCCACAGGAAGCUGAGGCCAACCAGGAAGAAGAACAGAGAGUAGUCUUACUUCAGUCAGAGGCAGUCCAACGUCUCUUCCUCAAUAAGCUAAUAGAUUUAGCACUGGCAUGGCAUCAAACCUUCCUCAAGCUUCCCCCCUCCACUUCCCGGUUCCGCCGCUGCUCUGUUCAUGCCAUCAAGAACACGAGGAGGAAGAUGGAGGACAAACACUUGGCCCUAGCUGAGUUCAACCAGCUCUUUGGAAUCCAGGACGGAGUGGAACGUGCCUACUAUGCUGUGUUUGAUGGACAUGGAGGGGUGGAUGCUGCUACCUACGCUGCCACUCACCUCCAUGUUGCUCUAAGUAAACAGGAAACACUGCAGAGUGACGCAUCCACAGCCUUCAAAAAUGCCUUCCAAAACACAGAUGACAUUUUCCGAGCCAAAGCCAAGAGAGAGCGUCUGCGGAGCGGCACUACAGGCGUGGCGGUGCUGAUCCAGGGUCAAGAGCUGACUGUGGCCUGGCUUGGAGACUCUCAAGCAAUGCUGGUCAGAAAGGGACAAGCUGUGACACUCAUGGACCCCCAUAAACCAGAGAGAGAAGAUGAGAAACAACGAAUUGAGGAUCUUGGUGGCUGUAUCACCUUCAUGGGUUGCUGGCGUGUUAAUGGCACCUAUGCUGUAUCCAGAGCUAUAGGUGACUUUGACCAGAAGCCCUAUGUGUCUGGAGAUGCCGACUGCUCAACAACCCAGCUGUUCGGAGACGAGGACUACGUGUUACUGGCAUGUGAUGGCUUCUUUGAUGCAGUCAGACCUUCAAUGGUCCCACAUCUGGUCUUAGAUGCACUCCAGCAGCCUGGUGACACCGAAGGAGAAGGAGCCACUCCACAGAAACAGUCAGAGGAGAUUACUGGACUGAGAGUUGCUCAACAGUUGGUAAGUCAUGCUAAGGCAGCUGGCUCUAGUGAUAACAUAACAGUAAUGCUGGUGUUCCUGCGUCCGCUGGAGCAGCUGCUGUCUCAAGACUCCUCUACAGAAACUACACAAGCUACUCAGGACUCCACUUCCCAAGAUGCACCACAGCAGUGAAGGAGGAAAUCUGUUACCCAGUAACCACUUUGCCAACUUACUGCCUGACUCAGUAUAUCUUAGCCUUUUUUUGUCCCAAGGUGCUGGCAGACAUCCUGCAGACUGACAAAGUUCAUUUGAUGCUAACAAAACACAUGAAUGCAGCAGAAUGUAUGCAUACUAUGUCAUUGCUUUGGAGUAAAAGAACAGAUUCAGGUGGAUUUAGACCAGAUAAGUGAGCUACAGUGAGCCCCUGUGCUAGCCUCUACUGAGUCCCCAAACAUGUUCACCCAACCCAGAGAACAGCCAGCAUUCCUACAAUGGAAUACUACUGUUGUAGGAAUACUGCCUACCCCAGGUUUGCUGUGUUGGUUUGUGAACAUUUGAUUAAACAUUGUUUAAGUAUAGGCAUGGUUUCACCAUCAUAUCUAUUGUAUGUGUGUGUAUGUGUGUAACUUUUUAAAGAUAUGACGUCCUGCUCAGUAUUGAUUUUUUUCAUGUGGUAUUAACUGUAAAAAGGCCUUUGUGUCUUUGUGGGAGGUAAGCUCUCUGUGCAAAAUAUUUUCCAUUCAUAUCUGUUUUAAAAGACAUACAGCUCACAUAAGCAUUACAAACAUUUAAUCUUAGUUUCUGUUACAUUUGAUUCUGAUGGAAAAACAGUACUUUUUACUGAAACAGAUGUCUGAAUAUGACAUGAAAGUCUUAAUGAUUGAUUCUUGUGGUGAAGCAAAGAAAGGCCAUAAUGAUUUGAAUUGUAUAAACAACUCAACACUGACUUGUGAGAUUUAAUACCUACUGAAUACUUAACUUAGUUAUAGCAUUGAAAUAUUUUACUUUGAAAACCAUCUCUCUGAGUAUAUGUGGUUUGAAUUCUGCUCUUCGAAAUUUCAAGAUUUUUCAAAACCUAGAAUUUUUUUCCAGCUUCACAAAUUCAGAGGGAAAGCUCGAGUGCCGAAGUUUUGUCGAGUUUUCAGACAGUCAACAGAACUCUUCUUUCUUUAGUCAUGUGAAUGACAGAACGUAAGUGGAUAGGACAUAGAUCUGAUUUAUUCCAUUUAGGUUUGAUGCUUAUUUUUGGUAGCUCUAAGUUUCAACUUGAAUUUUGGUGUCUGAAUCCAAUUUGAGAAAGUUAAAAUCAAGUUUUUAAAAUAACACCACUUGAAAUGGCCUCUGAUCAAGCUUUCUCUUCUCACAAAGCACAUAUACAGUCGACAGUGACCAUGUUGGCAGAUCACCAUCAAGAUUCUUAGAAUUUUCUGAAAUAAUGUCUCUGUGAUUUCAGAUAGAGGUGACCAAAAGCAGCUUUCGUAUAUAGUGGCACCCAUUAUGUUGGCUGAAAAGACAACUGUCAGUACUUGGACAAGCAAGACCACAGUUAGAUUUACACUUUAUUGUUUGUCAUUUUAAACAAUGUUUCAUUUUUUUGUUUGUGGUUUUUUUGUUUUUGUUUCAAGAGGUUUGAAGAUAAAGACUAACUGAAGUGUAAACAUAAGGCUAUCUCAGGUAAAAUUGGCUGGAGCGCAAAUCCACUAAAAACCAGCACAGAGCUGCUAAAGUUAGCCUAAACCGUUGGAGAAGCGUCCGCGACCAGCCUCCACACAGUGGGGAAAAUACUACACUAUGGAUGUGCUAGUUAUGAUCCGGGCUUUACUUUUCUUUUUUUAAUACAACCUGUAUCCCUGAAAAAUAAUGUAAUUGGCUUAUAAAAUGCUGGCUCUUGGCCUCGGUACUACUGCUAGGCAGCUUGUUUAGGUAGCAAGCCAGUUACCUGAACAUACUAACAUUUGCUAACGUUAUAGCACAGUUUAAUCUAUUUCUCACACUUUGCUCUGGAAAGGCUGAAAAGCAUCCUCCAAACACACUGCUUCAACAUCUGGAGUAAUCCAAAGCUUGACGGUCCUGCAGUUCCUACAUACGGCUGCUAAACCAUGAUUGGGCCAUCUCUGUUUCGGGGAGGGGGUUAGCAAAAGUUCAAUUCAAAUCACAUAAUUGCUGAUGGUUUUAAAAGAUUGUAAUAAAAUCAGUGGUAUUUUAAUUUCAACAUCAAAUAUUCAAUAGUGAUUCCAGAAAUAGGUUCAUUUGCUUGUAAGAUUUAAAUCAGCACAGCUUUUCUUUGCUUCCAUAUUCUCUGUGCCAGAAAGAAAAGCUUGCCCCCUCUUGAACUCCAUAGUGUUAUGACAAGUCUGUUACUUUUUUAAGGUCUGUAUUUAUAUUUUUUGUCUAACUCAUCCACCAUAUCUCAACCACCUGUUCUCUAAGCAUCAUCAGUAUUAAAUGCAGUGUUUAGGUCAUACUUUGUGUUUUGGAAAUCAAGGAUACAAAAAGAGUCUCACUAACUGAGGUUUUGCAGUGGGAUUGGAGCCAUACUGACAUCAUCACUGUGCUACAUCUAAGUUAUUUCUCCCAGGUAACCUUAACUCUGCCUUUACUAGCUAGGACUCAGUGAAAUGCCACAAAAGUCUCUUGUUCUGUGCUGUGUGGCAGUAAAUAGGUUUAGUUUUCUAUUAGAGAAGUUGAAUUCCUUUAAAAACUAUCAUCUUCAGUCUAAAAAAAUGCCUAGCCGCCUUCAAGUCGAUCUCUUAUGCCAAGCAGUAUGACAGUUGAAAGUAUUUUACACUGUGCACCCAGCAGAAAAUGACUUGCAUUAAGUAAGUGAAUCUUGAAACUAUCCCUGAGCUGUAAUUUUGAUAUCUUGUAAUGAAAAGCUGUUGAGAUGAUUUGAGUCUCUGAAACCUGCUGGGUUGAGCGUAAUAAAGGAAAAACAAAAUGACACAGGGAUCACAAAGGGGCAACGGUAUAGUCUUUAUUUUUAUUUUGAAGGAGCAUCAGACCUUCAGCGCAAACUAACUGCAUGAGCUUGGCAGGCUGAGGAAUUGGAGCACUGAUGUUGCUUGAUUUUCUGGAUAACAAACUUUGACAGUAUUUCUGACUCCUGUGUUUGUUUCAAAAUAUUUUUAAUUAAGAGUUCUUAAUCAUAUCUUACUGAGAACAUUAAAAAUUAAGAUAUCAGCUGUAAUGUAUGACUACAGUUUCCGUUUUUCUGACAAGAUGUUUUCUAUAAUGUUUAGUAUAAACAACUGAAUAAAAAGCAGUGUGAAGAGAAAAUGUUGAGGAUGUGUAUGCUGAUUGUUUGUAUGUUUGCAGAGGUUAAGGUUAUUGAUUACAUCAACCUAAAUAAUGUAAAACAAAUUGACACCAUAAAAAUGUUAUUACAUAAAAGACAAGAUCAUAAAACCUAAAAAGAGUUCCAUAAAUGUGGCGUCCAGUAUCAGAUUGAAAACAGACUUCUCCUAAUGAGAUGUUUGGGAAGAUGAAGAUUAGAUGAUUGUUGUCUGGUUGAGUAGGUGAGAGUCUCUGUGUUGUAUUUUUAAAAAAGCACAUCUUUGGAAAAGAUUAAUAUGGAUAGCAAGAGGCUGAGUUUCCAGAAAUAAAGGACCUGCUUGGGUGUAAUCCUGAUCAUGUGUGGAGGUGGAACAUUUUAUGGAGAAUUGCAAAGAAUGGACCCCAGAUGAAUGCGAAGGCUUGUCUUCCUCAUCAUGUACUGUAGGUGUUUAAAUUAAGUUAAUGAGGCAGCCUGGGACAUAACUGAACUGUACCAGUUACUAUUUAAUCUUCUAGCUCUAGUCAAAACUUUCAGUUACAUUUUGAAUAUGUGAUCUGAGCAUCACAAGAUAUGAUGAUUUUCUGACACAAUACUGUAGGUCCACAUAUUUUAGCUCAGUACAUUCCCAAGUUUUCAUUCUCCUGGAGAAAUGGUUUCCCACCUUGUUGCUGAAGAAGUUGACUGGUCUGCACAGAGCCUUGACUUCAAUGGCAUCUAGUCCCUUUGGGAUGAACUGGAACGCUGAAUGGGAGUAAAACCCUGCGGCCAGGUUCUAGGUUGGUUGUUUGUCCACAUACUUUUGGCCAUGAACAGUGUAGAACAUAGAGUGCAGAUUUGAUUACACCACAUUUAGCUGGUCUGAUGUGAAAUAACUACUGGCUUUUACUUUUCUGUAAUCUUAGUGUAAGAUCAAUAUAUUGACUGGUGAGGAUAAGCGCAGGUUCAGUUUGUGUUAUGUUAAAAUGCAAGAGGAGAAACAAAACAAAGAACAGAAAGUCCCAUCAGGUGUGUUUUAUUUUUGAU